UUUGCAUUUUUGACAUUACCAGUUUGAUUAUCAAUGCCUGAUCUCUUUGUUUUCUUACUAGCCAAUUUUCUCUGUUGGGAUUUUUUUGUUUUUAAAUUUUUUUUUCAAUUCUUGUUGGGUGGUUUUGUGAAGGGAGUUUAUGUUAACUGUUUUAUGUGUGGUGUGAAGUUUGCAGAUUAGUGUAGAGAGAAACAUGGUACAAGUUUCCUUGAUCAACCUUGAAGGAAACUUCUAUAGUUGCAAGCAAUGCCUCACUCAUUUUGCUCUUGAAGAGAAUAUCAUUAACAAGAAUUUCACUUGCACUCAUGGGGAAGCCUAUCUUGUUGAUAAAGUUGUGAAUGUCACCACUGGCGAGAAAGAAUCGCGGAACAUGCUCACAGGAAAGCACAUUGUUGUCGACAUAUCUUGUGCUGGAUGUAGGUCUAUUGUUGGAUGGAAAUAUGAGACUGCUCAGGAUAUGAGCCAGAAGUACAAAGAAGGGAAGUUUAUCCUUGAAAGGUAUAAGUUGUUGGGACCUGGUGGCAGCAUAUGCUUGCCACCAGUUAAUGCGAUUGUACCACCACUAUCGGUUGAGACCCAUAGCUACGCAGCCGGCCACUUCUAAUGCUGAUUUGCAUAAUCAUAUCCUACGCCAGAUUCUACGAAGUCUGGAGGUCUCACACAAGAACCAGCAGAAAAUCUGGAUGAGGAUGGGAGGUGCACAGGAGGAGUUACUGCCGUAUGCGCCUUAUGAUGAUAGGGAGAGGGAGAUCUUAGACUUGGGGCAGCAGCCUCAGAGCAGCAUAGCAACAGCUACAAAGGACGACGAUGAUGCUGGUGACCACAUGCAGGAAGAUGAUCCUUGAUGGACUAUUUCUCUUUUAUGUUGUUAUUUUUGCUAUUUUUACGGUUUCUCUUUUAUGUUAGUUUUUCAUAUUUUGUUUUUAUUUUGAUUGUGUUUCUGGAUAGAGCCAUUUUGAGCUCUCAUGCAGUGUGUGGUCUGGACUUUUAUGAAUUGAUGGUAUUGCGUUGUGAUUGUCUAACCGAUUCUGCAUGUUUUGUUAUGAGAACUUCAGUGAUUACCAUUGAGGAGUGGAAGGAACUCGGGGGGCACAACAGUGAGAGAGGUCCUUACCAUUAGUGCUCUCAAAUUAAACAUGGGGAUUGUCAAGAAAAAAAAGGAAUUAUUUGAAUCACAUCACUUAACUGUUUAAUUUGCAUAUGGAUAUUUUCACACAUAAGUAGAGUAGCAAAGUGGGCUUGACCCGUCAGGCCAUCCCGUCAACCCGCUAAAACGGGGCAUGGCGAGCCAUAGAUUAAGAGACUCGCAAACCAGUACAAACCGCACAAUGAAAUGAGUCAGUUUGUCGCAGAGCGAGUCAAUCUAUUGAGUUCAAUUGUUUUUUUAAUCCUUGAGUAGUUUACCGCUUACCUAG